AUGCCUGAAACCACAACCACUGAUCCGGGUCAUAAGGACCACCAUUCGGCCUUGGACAACGAAGGCCCGCAGCAGGUACAGCAGGUCAAGCCGCAACAACACUACCCGCAGCCUCCCAACCGCGGCGCUGGCAGCAGCGAGGAAGGUUGCGACUGGCCUGUAGAGCACACAGGUACGACUCCGUACAGCGAGAAGCAACCGUGCGCUCCGUUCGAGGAGACCAAGGCCAUGAUUACCGGAGACGACGGUAUCUGGACCAUGAAGCCCUCCGAGAUCAAGAAGAACGGCUUCGGACAGGGCAAUCGACAGGGAGACAACAAGGAGUAG